AUGGACUCUAGAGGAAACGUGGGAAACGAUGGCAAGAAUAUUAUGGAACAGAAUCAACUGAUUCUGGGGCGUGCUCCACAGGAAGUAGCCUCUAAUGACCCGUACAAGGAGAAUCACAAUCACAAUCAUCCCUCGGAUCAAAAUCGGGCAGGACACUUUGAACAGUCAAACAUCCGACAGGGAAACACAAAGGAUGCAAGAGACCUGACGUCGGCGCCAAACCAAAGUCAUGGCCAUCUACCAUUUCCAGACAGGAAUGCAGCGCAAGAGCUGGCUUACGCGCCAGCUGGCGCAGAGGGCCACCCCCUCUCAAAUUUGGGUCAAGAGGAAAAUGCAAACCCGUUGAACGAGGCCGAGCCAGGGGCCAGACCACCUCCAUCUUCAGCUUCACGGCCAGCUCCAGGUUCCGCUAAUCCUACCCAAAAACCGUUUAGGACCAGACAACGAAUCCCCACGCUGUGCUCGGUUUGCCGAAGAAGAAAGAACAAGUGCGACCGUCGUCGUCCCGUUUGCGGCUCCUGCUUGAAAAAGUCCCUUGCCCAUUUGUGUGUUUACGAAAGCCCUGCGCGAUCGUUUCAGCCACUGCAGCCUUCUCAUGGUGACGAGUACAAUUAUCCACCAGAUCCGCACGUAAAUUACCCUCCUCAGCCCAUGCCCAUCAACUCCGGUGCAAAUGCUAAUGCUAACACUUUCCCACCGUUUCCCUACCCAAACAAUAACUUGCAGCAUAAUGGCACUAUAAUCCAACAUCCACCGCGUCCAGUACCGAUGUAUAACCAAAUACCGCAGUCACCGUUCUCAUCUGACCCAGCAAACCACUUGCCACACCCACCAUCUAUCCCCUACCUGCAACAACUGCCGUUAGCGCUUUAUCCUCCUCCUCUAGUUCAAAGUCCCCAUUUUACUUCACAACCAUCACCGCCGCCGCAUGCGCAUUCGCCCGUUCAUCAUCAUCAUCAUCAUCAUCAUAGUCAUCCUAAUAAUAACACUAGUAAUGGCGAGGAAAGCAGCAACAAUAGCAACAAUUUGAGAAAUUCUUUUCAAAAAAUGCCGCCGCAAUUGCCAGCUCCAGCUCCAACUCCACCGUUUUCAGGAAGCAGCAACCUUGAUGGAAAAUUGAGCUUCUCCAGCUCAAUUAAACCAAACAACUCACCCAUUGUAAAAGCAGGUGAGCAAAUUUCAAGCAACUCCUCAACAUUGCCUUUACCGCAGCCACCAUCAGGUCCACCAAUCAAUGAAAUUUCAAAUAAUCACUCUGUGGAGACGAAAAAAUAUAACGAACAAUCUGAACUUGCUGCUUCGCGAAUGCUCCAUAAAGUCGGUAUCCCGUCGCCAUCGACGAACUUUAUGUCGCAGCACCCAUCACCCUUAGGAGGCAACCACCUGGUGUCCCCAAUAAAUAGGCUAAAGUCAAUGCCGUCGGAAAACUUUGCGCCUUCUGUCUCAAAUGGAUUCAUGCCACGGGGCGGUCUCGGCCAAGGCUCGAGUCAUGCUGUCCAUGCGCUUGGAAAAUCGCCAGGCUCAAUCGGUUCAGGCUGCUCACCUGGAAGUGGAGCAAGCGCAGCGAAUGUCAACACGUCUGCUUCUGUGUGUUCUGGAACGGGCACCAGUCCUGGCACUGGGACAGCGAAAGGCACAGGCACAGGCACAGGCACGGGAGCGGGAUUGGCCUCAAACUCGAACUCGAACUCGAACAACCAGGAUCACUCGCUCGGCUCCAACCCCUUGGUCUCCAUCCCGCUUGGCCCAAACUCUUCGUUGCAAGUGAGUCCCGAUGACAGAAUCAAAGUCUUUGCCAAUGCUAGCAACGCCAUCAGCGUCGAGGGCCACACCACCCAGCUUCAAGGGGUACUUUCUUACGUUGGUUUAACCAAAUGCGAUCCCUUCAUAACCAUAUUGAGGAACUUUACAGUGCAUUUAUUUCGCACCGGAGAGAUGACGAAGUUUAUCACCAAUGAUCUCGACAAGAAGAGAAGAAACUCUGCUGGCUCGUCGAUUAAAUCCUCAAAGCCUAGCGAGGCAGGAAUGUCGCCGUUUGCGAAAAAACAUAAGGCCAAUGCAGUUGGUGGUGGUGCCGGGGCAGGUUUUGGCAAGACCGAUGUUACUUCAAUGGCAAUGAGCACUUCGAGCGACUCAAUAGUGGUGGAAAACUAUAAUGGGCAGCAUCCUGCUUGCAAGAAAGACACUACUGCCGAGACCAAGAGACAGCAUCUUAACAUUCCCAACGUUGCUUCUCCAUUGGAUGAUCACUCACCAGCUGCGUGGGCUGUUUCGGGUUCGCUCAAUAACGACAACAACAAUAACCUGAACAAUAAUUUGAACAACUUGAACAACUUGAACAACCUUAACAGCAGCAACAUGAACAGCUCAAAGAGUAUCUCCGGUUCGAGCUUGCCUUCUUUGGAAUUGUUUUACGCCAGCAAGCACGCGAAAAAGGAAUACUACGCUUUUAUAGAAAAAAACAUGAUUGAAGUAUUGCCCAACCAGAACAAUUCAUUUAAAUUAUUUUGCCGGUUUUUCAAAUACGUUGCCCCCUUCAUUCCGAUUAUCGAUGAGAAUAAAUUCAUUGUUGAAGUCAAUAGAAUAUUCAAAAGCUUCCCUUCCUUCAGUCACGAUAAAUGGAGAAACUUGAAAAUCAAAAACGAUAAUGACUUGAAAUCGGUUGGCAUAUUCCUUCUCAUCACCAAGUUGGGCUUCAUGAGCUUUGUCCACAAUGACAAUGUAUACAAUGAUUACUCCGCCGAGGAAAUCUCCAUCAUUGAAGACAUGGAGAAAAUCACCUCGCAGGAGUUUACCAGGGCCAUCAAUCUAUGCAUCAACGACAGCUUAACCGCCGCGAAAUCGUCUUUUAAAAUUGUUCAGUUUUUGACCUUGUAUUAUUUCUACAAAGAGAAUGCGCAUGACGAUGGCCACGGGAUCUGUGGUGCUGACUCGCAAACGCUCUUGGGCAUCACAAUGAGACAUGCUUUGCUGAUUGGUUUGAACCGGGACCCAACGUCGUAUAUCGCCCACGAGGCAAUUUCGAAAAACUCGGCCAUGAUCAAGUCUUGGAGAUAUCUAUGGCAUUACCUCGUCUGUACUGAUGCAGUGAGUGCUUUGCACAAUGGAACCAAUUUGAAUUUGAUGAGUUUGGACGUAAGCGAUGUACAAGCACCUUAUGAGUCCAACGACCAGUCGGGCCAGUUGAACGAGUUAAUCAACAACUAUAUUCAAAUUUGCAAAAUAUAUCGUCAAUUGUGCAACAAGAUCAACAAUGUCCACGAGAAGCCCCGAAUUGUCGAGAUAUUGGCAGACACAAAUAAUCUCGAAAAGAAUUUUUUUGAGUUUUUCGGAAAGGAUUUCUUCAAGACCGUUAUUUGCAAGCCCGCCAAUGUGAGGAACGAUGGUCGAGAUUGGGAAGCAGGCAGUGCAGAACAUGAGGAAAACUUCCUCAAGGUGAUGAACUACUGCUUGUUUAUUCAGUUGAGAACAAAUCUUUCCGGGAUGUACUACAUGAUUGCGAUGCAUUACGAGAAUGAGUACAACGAGUCUCGGACACCCUCGAUGAAUGCCGGGAUAGAAUUGUUCAAGAUCUACAUCAAGAGCGUUGUGCAACUAGUCUACAUCAUGUCCUAUGUGUUGGACAAUUCAGUUGAGUUGUUUGGGAAAAACUACGAUUACAUUUUGACCUCGUCGAAUGAAAGACACAUGAUCAAGACCCACUCCUUUUUAACUUCUUUUUUUGUGAGAUUGUUGCAUCAAAAGAAAGACUUGUCCUUCAAAGUGUUUAAAGAACCAAGCUUUAUCCCGCGGCUAGAAGUCAUGGACACAUUGUUCACGCUUGUCCUUAUAGAAGCCGAGUUGUUUGUGGGCAACUUUAAAAAAUUGUCGAGAACAUACAUCAACAGCUAUCGGAUCCACAUCAUGACCUAUAUUGUGCUCCGCCAAUGCAUGGAGAACCCCGAUGUCUUUUUCGAAAAAGCCGUCAACGACCAGCUGUUUUUCCACCGCGGCACCAACAUGAUUGAGUUUUUCAGCAUUGCAGAGCUCCAGCACUUGUGUCGACUCUGUGGCGAGUUCCGCAAUGCCAAAGAGGAGCAGCGAAGAUUGAAGAAGGAGAGGUUGCGCGCCAAGGGGAUCCACAUUGACGAUAACGACGAUGAGGUUCACGAUAAGCUUGAUGCGUUCAAUAUGGAGAAUAACGGCGAGUUUGACUUGUCCAACUUCAAAGAUGACGAGUUGGGUAUGUUCACCACGAGCGGCUCGUCACCGGGCGGACUGAGGAUGAUGUCUCUUUUCGAUGAUCUGAAGAUUUUCAGCAAUUUGAACAAUUUGAGAGACGACGCGAUUGACCCUGUUGCUUGUACUGACGAUUUGAUCCGGUUGUUCAAUAUUUAUGGUGACUUUGACCAAGAACUUUUCCAAGCGGCCUCAUCGUCGAAUUGA